GGCCAGCACAGGGACAGGUUAGCAGGGAAGGAGGCCAUCUCCCCCAUUAACCACACACACACUUGGCUGCCUAGGCAGCCCCCGAUGCUUAACACCCAGCCUGUCAAGCUCCUGUCGUGCUGGACAGCGCAUUUCUCCUGCUACAAUAUCUCUGUUGCCGGGAUUCCUUGUGGAAUGUAAUGAUGACCCAAAAGGAGAAGCUACUUCCCCAGGGCACUGUAAGAGCUCCACUUUAGCAGAAGCAGGGCCACUAUGUGGAAUAUGGGGCAGGAACCAUUAGCCCCAUCACAGGUCAUCGCAGAGGAUGACCAGCACCAACAGACUGGGGACCUAGGGAUGAGGCACGAGGACAAUUGCUCUCUGUACAACAUGACAGGAGGUGACUUUUACCCAGAUAAUAGCAGCCAGUCCAACUUCACCUUCCCAGAACAGUCUCUAGAUUUCUAUAUCCUCCUCCCAGUGAUGUACUCUGUUAUUUGUGCAGUGGGAUUAACUGGCAACACUGCAGUCAUCUAUGUGAUCCUCAAAGCACCAAAAAUGAAGACAGUGACCAACAUGUUCAUUCUAAAUCUGGCCAUUGCGGAUGACCUCUUUACACUGGUGCUGCCCAUCAAUAUUGCUGAACACCUCCUGCGCUACUGGCCCUUUGGUGAGCUCCUCUGUAAGAUCAUUCUGGCUGUUGAUCAUUACAACAUUUUCUCUAGCAUUUAUUUCCUGACCGUGAUGAGUGUAGACAGGUACCUGGUGGUACUGGCCACUGUGCAAUCUCGACGGUUGCCUUAUCGAACCUACCAUGCCGCAAGAACCACCAGCAUCUGCAUCUGGCUCUGGGUGACCCUCAUUGUCCUGCCCUUCUUCAUCUUUGCCAGUGUCUAUACCAAUGAACUGCAGAUCAAGAGCUGUGGGCUAAGUUUCCCUCAACCUGAGAGGUUCUGGUUCAAGGCUAGCCGCAUCUAUACCCUGGUCCUAGGCUUUGCUAUUCCUGUUUCCACCAUUUGUAUCCUCUACAUUGGGAUGCUUCACAAGCUGAGGACCAUGAACCUAAACUCCAAUGCCAGGGCCUUGAACAAGGCCAAAAGGAAAGUGACCAUCAUGGUCAUCAUUGUCCUUGCUGUGUGCCUCCUGUGCUGGAUGCCCUUCCAUCUAGCGACCAUUGUGGCACUAACUACAGACCUACCCCAGACCUCCCUGGUUAUUGGCAUUUCCUAUUUCAUCACUAGCCUGAGCUACACCAACUCCUGUCUGAACCCCUUCCUCUAUGCCUUCCUGGAUGACAACUUCCGCAAGAGUUUCCGAAAGAUGUUGGAAUGCAGAGCAACCUGAGCACAGCACGGUGGCCCCAGCUCCAUCACCACACCCCCAGGCCCAUCUCCUGUAAGCCCCCUCUCAAGGGUCCACACCCAGCACUUGGGCAACCCUGCCAGCUUCUUGGUCUUUUGUCGUCUUUGUAUGCCCAAUAUUUAGCACAGUGCCUGGCACAUACUAAGCACUUAAUAAAUGUUUUUUGAUGUAACUUGA